AAUUAAUGCAUUACUUUUAGUUUUUACUGUUAGUUUGUUUGAAAACACCAAUUUAAAAAAUUUUAAAAAUAUACAUUAAAGUGUUUCUAUUUGUAUUUCAGAUAUUUCUUGGUCAUAUUUAUUUUUGGUAUCUAUAGAUUACAAAAUUAUGACUGACAGCACUGAUAAACCAACAGCGAUGAAUUCUAAAACUAAUACCACCUUUCAUUUUAAUACUGUAGAAGUUAAAAACUCAGAAGGAAUUGAAGUUACAGAUAAACAAGAAAAUUUAAAGCUUAAAGAAGAAAUAAUGUCUAUUGAAGAACCUGAACAAUUUGAUGAAAAAAUGACAUUUGAAGUUGAAAGAGUUUCCGAGUCUAUCAAUCUUGAAGACACUGCAAUGGCAGUUGAUGAGGCAGUACAGCAAGAAACUACAGAUGAACCAGCAUAUGAGAAAUCUGGCAAAGCAGAAAACUUGAUGGAAUCAGAUGAUCAAGAAAGACAAGAAAGUCUAAUUCAACCAACUAGAGAUGAAACUGUAACAGUUGGUCAUGACAGUUUGAUUAAUGGAAGUCAACAAAAUAUUCCUGAAAUAGAUAAUUCAGUUCUUCAUCCAUUUGGUAGUAUGAAAGAUGCUAAAUUAAAAGACUUGGUUAAUAGAGAAUUAUCGAAGUUAUUAAUGGAAGAACAAGAAAAAUUAAAACAUGCUCAACCACCUCUCCUAGAUGUUCAACCAGAGUACAUAAUAGUAGAUGAACAAAUUGAAAAUCCUGAAAAUACUUCGAGUGAUGAUAAAACAGCUAUAGACAUAAGUAAAUAUUAUACUGAAGAUGCAUUGUCAACUUUAGCAAACGCUGCUCUGAACCUGUUCCCCCCUAUCCCUGGGUCUGGAAAAGAAGUAAUAUUAAAACCCACCAAACCAACAAGUAACGUUACACAAGAAGGGCCUGCUUGGUGUGAUGUUGGUGUAAUUCAGGGUACAACAUUUACAGUGAAACAUUUUUACCCAACAUCAAACACUGAUGAACAUGAAGUUACUAGCUUGGAUAAUUUAACGGACUAUACAAAUAAAUUAAAAAGUAAUCUGGAACCGGGUACACUCUAUAAAUUCCGUGUAGCUGGCAUAAAUGCUUGUGGACGUGGAGAAUGGAGUGAUGUAUCAAUAUUUAAGACCACUUUUCCAAAUUUUCCAUUUGCUCCAUUUGAUAUUAAAGUUAGAAAAUCAAUAGAAGGUGCCAAAUUAACAUGGGAAAUUCCUCCUUUUAGUUAUGGUAAUAUUGAGGAGUAUUCUGUUUGUAUGGCAACCAAAAAAUAUCUUAAGGGGAUAGCACAAAAUCUAAUGCUAAAUACAGCAAAUCAUCAUUUUGUCCGUGUUUAUAGUGGACCUCAAAAUUCUGCUAUAAUUUGUAACGAUGUACUUAAUGUAGCUUUGAUUGACAAAACUAAAGACCCUGCUAUUAUAUUUCGCAUUGCUGCUAAAAAUGAAUGCGGAUAUGGACCAGCUACACAAGUUAGAUGGUUACAAGAUAUUUAUUUGCCUGGACCAUCAACUAGACCAUUCUAAUUUUUUAGUAGCAUGUAUUAAUGCAUUAUUAAUAUUUUCUUAAAUUCUUAAAGUCAUAAGUUAAUAAUUAUCAUAUUCAAUUAAAAUAGACUUAUUAUUAAUAAUAAUAAUGUUCUAAUUUAAAUACAUUUAAUGGUUUUUCAACAUUUGUAGUAGUUAGUAAUAAAAUACAUAAAUAAAUACAUAAACAUAUUUAAAUAUUAAUGGUUAAAGUAAUUGUUUUAUUGUGUUUUAAAAUGUAAUAAAACAAUAAAUGAAGCAUGAAUAGGAAGGUCACCAUUACUUUUUUCCAUAAACACAUACAUCUAUAUAUGUAUGUAUAAAAUAUAUAUUAUAGGGCCAAUGAUAUAGCUAUCAUAGGAAAAAGUGAGGUAAUGCCUGAGGUCCCAGAGCUCUGGAGGCUUCUGGAUUAAAUAUUGAUAUAUUAAAUAGUAAAUGCUUAUUUGAAAUCCUACAUGGUAAUUCCAGUCAAAAUUAGUAUUACAAUAGAAUAAAAAUAUUCAUAGAUAUUUAUAGAAUAUAAUGCAAGAUUCAGGAAUAC